AUGGAAGGACCUUGGAUGAUUGCCGGCCACUAUCUCAUUGUGCAAAGAUGGAGACCCUUUUUCCUAUUCGGAUCAAUAGAAGUAAGAAAAAUUGCUCUCUGGGUUCGAAUCCCGAAUCUCCCGAUUGAACUAUAUAACCACCGCUUUCUCUGGAGGGUAGGCUCGGCCAUUGGUCAUAUGCUCAAGGUGGAUCGAACCACGUCAAUUCAUUCGAGGGAGAAAUUUGCACGGAUUUGUGUGGAGAUUGACCUGGCAAAACAAUUAGUACCUCGGAUCUCAGUUCUUGGCUGUGAGCUUCACAUCGAGUAUGAAGGCCUGCACCAAAUUUGCUUCGCUUGUGGCAGGUAUGGACACAGAUCUAAACAGUGUAUGGAAAGGCCAGUAACUAAUGGAGAUCCUAGGGAAGAAGCCGGGGCCGGAGAUAUCCCGUCCGGUGAGGCGUCGAAUGAAAAAGUUGAUGCCCAAAAUGGAAAGGCCGAAGAUCCACAAAAUCCACGCAACCAUGAUAACAGACAAAUCAACCCUGAUUUUGGGUCCUGGAUGCUGGUGAAAAGAUAUAACUUUAAAAAGAAAGCGCAAUCAGAGGUAAGGAAAUCUCAUACGAAUCAAGGAUUGGGCACUAAUGAUAACUCUAAAGAAGGAAGCUCUCCAAAAGGGAAAGAUCCUGGUGCGGGAUCGCGUUUUGCCAUCUUGCAUGAAGAAGGUAUGAAUAACGUGCAUGAAAGUGUGACUCAGAUGGAAGCCAAUCAAGAGACCCAAUUGACUAAUGGGUUGUAA